GUUUGCUGCCUCGGUGUUCGGAUAGCGCUUGUUUGCGUCCACUGUGGUUGUCGUUGUUUUGGUUGCGGGAGUGCAUCGUGGACCUUAGUUGAGCUUUGCAGUCGCGUUGUAGAUACGCGAAGAUGCGAAUUAUAAGGCACUGACCGUAUGUAUAUUUGGUUAAUGUGGAACUACAUCCUGCGCGCGCAUGCAUGUCUGUCGGUCUAUCUGUCUGUCUGUCUUGCUGGCAUGUCGAGGGGGCUUUUGACCGCAAUGAACAUAUGGUUCAGGACGCGCACCGAGUCGGAUACAACGUUUGGGCAGAUGGCAUGCGGGCCCGUGCCUCAAGGCUGGUGGCCGGGGGUCACGUGCACUGGGCUGUGUGCCACCUGCUGGCCAUUGGCGACGUCUGGCAGGCCGUACAGCUGUACAUGUCUCAGGGUAUGCAGCGUGAGGCCGUCGCCCUGGCCCGGUGCCGUCUGCAUGUCCGUGACCCCGCAUUCGGCACCCUGCUGGACCAGCUACUGCGGCGGCGGCUGCAGCCAACGACGCUGUCCCUGCAACAGCCACCUCUGCAGCAGCAGCAGCAGCAGCACUUGUUGACAUGUCAGGAGCAAAAUCAGGAGCAGGAUAAGCCACAGCAGCAGCAGCCGCAGCCGACAGCAAAGCAGCAGCAGGAGCAGCAAGGACAAGAGCAUGAGACGGAGGAGCAGCAGCAACAGGGGGCAGGCCCCGCCAGUCAGCCUGUCGCAGCAGGAAGGUCCACUGGAUCUGAAAUCCAGAUGGAUCCGGAAUGCUCCGAAAAGACGAAGUCGCUGCUUGCGGGGGCAGCCCCAUUGGGGGUGCCGGUCGACGUCGCAAGGAUAGAAGACAUGCAGAUGGCUACUGGCCACCUGAAGUCGGAGGCACCAACGGAAGCACCCGGGCUGGAGCUGACGGCGUCAACCACCUCAACCGCGCCAACUGCCAAGGAUUUACCAACCACCUCAACAACCGUCAUUGAUUCAUCGGGCACAGUCGCUGCCACGCGCACUCUGGCACCACUGACGGGGACGGUGCACAGUGCGACGGCGGCAGCGGCGGCGGCGGCGGCGGCGGCAACUGCGGCUGCUCCGCCGCCUGUACGGGAGCUGCCACCGGAGGCUCUGGCGCUGCAGAGUCUGCUAGCCAACAAGCCGCUGCUGGCGGCACGGGCGCUGCAGACCGCUGGCACGGCGUCGGCCCUGGCCACUGCCGCGCAGCUGUGUGCACUGGUUCUCGGGCAAACGAAGGGCGGUCGCAGCGCUGGGUUUUGCGGAGCCCAGGGGCCGCAUGAGUAUCCCCCCGGCGGGGAUGAGGAUGAGGAUGAGGAGCACGGUCUGGGCUCAACGCAGACGCCGCAGAUGGAAGUCCUCCAACUGCAAUCCUGGGCCGAGAGCCAACGAAUGCCACACUUGCUCCACCUGCACCAUGCCGCACUGGGAACCCUAGGACGGGACUGCGCCGCUGCCGCCCUGCCGGCCUUGUUCUUGGAGGCACUGCGGGGAGUGGUGGCGGCCGCCGCCAACGGCAGCGAACCGAGGACCAGCGGGCCGUGUCCUGGAAGCGGCGCGGCCUCAGCGGUUGAGACCCAGCUGCAAGAUGAUGUGCACAUGGCGGUGGCGGCUGCGUGUGAGCAGGUGCAGACGGCUGCGGCCGCCAUGGGGGGCGCCGUACUGGUAGCUAGCUACUGCGGCGCCGCGCUGCUCGGCUGGUGUAUGAGGCGGCUGCGGCAGCUAGGGUCGCCCGACGGCCGUGAGCAGACGGCCAGCGGCAGUGGCGAUAACAGCUGUGGGCUGGUAAACGCGGGUGGCGAUGAGGGAGACCCCGACCACGAGGACAUGGGCAGCGGCUGUGCGGAGGCCAGUGCUGCUGCGGCAACAGCAGAUCUUCUUCAUCAAGAAGACGAUUACGACGAAGAUGACGAAAUGGCACUACAGGCGGUACAUGCCGUAUACCUGGGAAGGGGGGCUCCACAGGCCUGUGGUGGCGGCGAUGAUGGCGGAUAUGCAACUCGGCGGAAGGUCGUGGCGGCACGGCGGCAAGGGCCGCCUCCGCCGGCUGCCGCGACCUGGGUUACAGCGGGGGCCGUCACGGAUACGGCAGCGGCGCCGCCAGCGGCGGCGCCGCCGCUGGCGGCUGUGCAGGGCGCCACGGACAAGGCCCUCAGGGCUCAGCUGGCCGCGGUGGAGCGCCGCGGGGCCCAGCCGGGGGCCAGCGGCGCUGGUCAGGAGGAGGAAGCGGUGACGGUGACCUCGGCGGACGUGGCAAAGGCGGCGAUGUUGAUUUAUGCCGCUGCGUGCGCUGCGUGUGAUGUUAGAGAAGAUGACCCCACGGUGGCUUGCAAAGCACAGGCCUAUCUGCAAGCCGCUGCUGCGGCAGCAGCGGCGGAAGCGAGGUCCAUGGGGGGGACAGCAACGCCGCCGCCAAGCACGUGCCAGCAGACCGGGAUGCGCGGUCGGGCAUCAGCUCGGGACUCGGGUUCGCACCGUCCCCAGGCACUGCGCGCUGUCAACCCGGAAGGUGUAGACGGUGCCGGCAGUGGCGCUGCGCAACUGCCGUCACAGGGCAGCGGCAGCAGCAGCAGCAGCAGUACGACGAUGAUUGAAGCUAUGGCAGCACUGGAAGGGGCAGUCUGCGGACUGGCAGCAGCUGCCAUGCGCGCGGCCGUGGCCUCAGACCACCCCUCUGCAGCACCCGCUCUUAACCCCAACGCGGCGCGCGGCGCCGAAACCACUCUGGACGCCGCCGCCCAGGCAGUAAUGGCAGCUGCCCGCUGCUGCGCCAUGCUGUUGCCGCCGCCGCCCCCGGCCCCCCUUCCGCAGCCAAUACCACCACAGCCGCUGCCACCUCCUGUCCCCUCUGGACCGACAUCCUCGGUCCCGGUCUGUGGCACGGCUCCAAUAGCGGACCGGAGCCACCAGCCCAACAGUAGCCACCAGCCCAACAGUAGCCACCAGCAGCACCGGCGGGGACACGGGUCGGGACGUAACGCCCCUUCCACCGCGUCUCCAACAGGUGCUGCUUCCGCGCGAAGGGACCGCGAAGGGGUGCAGCAAGACAUGGAGGUGCGGCAGCAGAAGUCGUUUGAUGGGCAGCACGGGGCUCACCACCAGCAGCACUACACUGCGGUGGAUGCCCCCGCUCAGGAUGCGUCCUGGGAAGCUGCUAGAGGGGUUGUAGCGGGGUUGCGGGCCAGCGACAAAUCUGCCGCCGACAAAAAGUCUCCAGCACUGCCGUCGUACACCAGCUGA